AUGGAUAUUGGAGGUGUUUGGAACUGCACGCAACGAUUUGAGAAUAACGUGGAGAGGCGGUGUGAUAAUUCCACUGAGGAAUCGAAUGACACGAACUCAAUUGUGCGUUAUCCAGGAGGCGACUAUGUGGUUUCCUGGCUUCAAGCGUUGGCACCAGGACACGUCAGGUCCUACACUUGUGCAAGAAGGUUGUCGCCUAUUGACGUGUACGGGCCAAACUUUCGUGGCGUUGAAGAUGCUGACUACGCGCCGAGAAUUUCCGGCACGACUCUCCUGGAGGUCUCACAGACACUCCAUUUUGCUACAGAGGCGGACAAUUGCACGCAGGAAGCGCAACUGCAGAUAACGGAAUUUAUCGAGUUGAAUUGGAGUGAGUUCUACUCAAGUAGUCGAACACUUGAAAUCGAUAAUCAUGCCCCCCGUUCGGAGCAUCACAUUGACACCUCCAUCAAUGGAAACAACCUCUCCGCCUACGUGCACCAGCUAUUCUUCAAACUCUACUUAACUAAUCAGAUGUUUCCUUAG